AUGGAGAGUGAAGGAAAAGCGAUGUUUGUUUUGGCAUUGGGGAUUGCUAUGCUGUUUGGGAGUGUUUCUGCGCAGAGUGUCUCCUCCAUCAUUAGCAAGGAUUUCUUUGACGCCAUUCUCAGCGUUGCAGACAGCUCCUGUGCUGGAAAGAACUUCUACACCUACGAUGGUUUCAUCCAGGCUGCCAACGCCUACUCUGGCUUCGGUACAACCGGAACUUCUGACGACGCCAAAAGAGAGCUUGCUGCCUUUUUCGCCCAUGUCACCCACGAGACUGGAUCUUUCUGUUACAUUGAAGAAAUCAAUGGCGCAACGAGAGAUUACUGCUAUGAAACCAACACCGAGUAUCUUGCAAGCUAA